AGCACGGUAACUCAACCACCCCACCCUCCCUUUCUCAAUCCUUACAUUUGCGCAUAAGUUACAUAGCAUAACCGCUGAUUCUAAUAAGCGCACUGAACACAGAAGAAAGUUCUCAAAAAUUCAUAUUUUAUAAACACGGGUUAACGAAAGCAAAUGGUUUAAAGUGUUAUUCUGGUGACUAAUUCAACAUGGGGACUUAUUGUAAAGGGCGUCUAAGUUUGUUCCUAAUCAUCGGAAUUGUUUUAAUGUGUCGUGCAACCGUAGCGUGUGCUGCAGUUCCCGACGAACUUGAAGGUCUUGCCGGUCGCGUCUUGAUGGCUUCAUCAGAGGUCCAGGCAAAUGAUCCUAAAGAGAAGCCGAAAGGUACCGAUUCUGUAUCCUUUGUGCAGCCUGUUGAGGACGAAGUGAAUGGUAUUUUCCAAGGCUCCUUGGCAAAGCAAUCAUCUGCCUCUGGUGGUUCCUGGGGUGUUUCUAGUAUUGAAUUCAUUCAUGCCUUUGUGGCUGCUCUAUCUGUGAUCAUUGUUUCAGAACUUGGCGACAAGACAUUUUUCAUUGCUGCCAUUAUGUCAAUGAGACAUCCAAGGCUUGUUAUAUUCACGGGAGCUAUGCUUGCCCUUGGUUUGAUGACAGUUCUCUCAGCGGUACUGGGAUAUGCAACAACUGUCAUUCCAAGGAAAUACACACUGUACAUAUCAACAGCACUGUUUGUAUUUUUCGGUCUUAAAAUGUUAAAAGAAGGUUAUGAUAUGGACCCUAACGAAGGACAGGAAGAGUUAGAAGAAGUACAAGCAGAACUUAAAAAGAAGGAAGCUGAGAUGGAGAAGGAUGACUCAUCCACCAUCACUCAAGAUGUAGAAACUGGUAUAAUAAGAGGAGGAAAGAAGCCUGCAAAGUUCUUUGGUCUUUGCUCACCCAUAUUACUACAAGCAUUUACUCUAACAUUCCUUGCUGAGUGGGGUGACAGGUCACAACUGGCUACUAUACUCCUGGCAUCUAGAGAGAAUGUAGUUGGUGUGACAAUAGGUGGAACAUUAGGACAUGCCCUGUGCACUGGCCUGGCUGUGAUUGGGGGAAGACUAAUUGCUCAAAGAAUAUCUGUCAGAACAGUUACAAUCAUUGGUGGAGUUGUCUUUUUGAUAUUUGCAUUAACAGCAUUUUUUAUUGAAGAGUAAUUCAAGAAUAAUUUGACUAAAUAAACAGAUAUACCUACCAUAUACAAGAAUGAACAAUAGAGACUUCAUGUACCAGUGUGUGCAAUAUACUGUGAACAUGAUCAGCUGUAAAGCUGUGACACUGUCCUUGAACCCUUUUACUCCCAAGAACUAAAUAUAGAUUCUCCAUACUGUCUGCAUACAUUUCUUUUAAAGUAUGCUUGGAGAACUUAGCAGUAUCCCACUGUGGAUAUUUUUCUUUCUUCUAAUUACAUUUCUGCUUGAAAGUGAAGGAAUGUUUUGCAGACAGAUUCUUUUGCAAUAACUCUUUGGGGGUUGAAGGGUUAAGACUGGAAGUGCAUGUCUGAGUGUAUAGAUAUGAGAGAUAUUGUAGUUAUUGAUGUUAGAUCAAGUUCAAGUGCAAUGCUUUUUGAAGCAAUGAUAAUGAUAUUGAUAUUAUUGGCAUGAUCAUAACCAUUACAAUUUCCUCAAAUGUGAUUGGUGCAUCAGCUGCUUCAUUUUUCAGUAAUCAUUCUGUGCAGUUGUAAUCCGACAGUAUAAUCCAACAGUAUAAUCUGAUGGUUGGGUUGUAAUUAGACACCUGUAAUCGGACAGUUGGAGCAGCCAAUCAUACGAGGUCCACUCAGCUAAAUCCACCAAUCACAGAAUUGAUCGUAAUAACCAUAGCAACAACCACUUAUCCAAAGGG